GCGCGGCCCCCGGUCGCCCGGGCAGCGGAGGCAGCGGCGGCAGCGGCGGCGGCGGCGGCGAAAGAGCUCGCACCCCGGCUCCAGCGGGCCCCGGCAGAGAAGCCCGCACAGGUCCCAGGAAGGUGGCGUCAGCAUCUGCAGCCGCGUCGACGUUGUCUGAGCCUCCGCGGAGGACCCAGGAGAGUCGGACUAGGACCAGGGCCCCGGGCCUCCCCACGCUCCCUAUGGAAAAGCCAGCUGCCUCAACAGAAUCCCAAGGGUCUCGGCCCGCCUUGGGCCGUGAAAGUGUCCAAGUGCCCGAUGACCAGGACUUCCGCAGUUUCCGGUCAGAGUGUGAGACCGAGGUGGGCUGGAACCUGACCUACAGCAAGGCCGGCGUGUCUGUGUGGGUGCAGGCUGUGGAGAUGGAUCGAACUCUGCACAAGAUCAAGUGCAGGAUGGAGUGCUGUGACGUACCAGCUGAGACGCUCUACGAUGUCCUGCACGACAUAGAAUACAGAAAGAAGUGGGACAGUAAUGUCAUUGAGACUUUCGACAUCGCCCGCUUGACUGUCAACGCUGACGUAGGAUAUUACUCUUGGAGAUGUCCCAAGCCCCUGAAGAACCGUGAUGUCAUCACCCUCCGCUCCUGGCUCCCCAUGGGCGCUGAUUACAUCAUUAUGAACUACUCAGUGAAACACCCUAAAUACCCACCUCGGAAAGACUUGGUCCGAGCUGUGUCCAUCCAGACGGGCUACCUCAUCCAGAGCACGGGGCCCAAGAGCUGCGUCAUCACCUACCUGGCCCAAGUGGACCCCAAAGGCUCCUUACCCAAGUGGGUGGUGAAUAAGUCAUCUCAGUUCCUGGCCCCCAAGGCCAUGAAGAAGAUGCACAAGGCCUGUAUCAAGUACCCCGAGUGGAAGCAGAAACACCAGCCACAUUUCAAGCCAUGGCUACACCCGGAGCAGAGCCCAUUGCCCAGCCUGGCGCUGUCUGAGCUGUCAGUGCAACAUGCAGACUCACUGGAGAACAUCGAUGAGAGCUCCGUGACUGAGAGCCGAGAGGAGCGAGCAGGCGGUGCGGGAGAGAGGGCAGUGACGAUGACACCUCGCUCACCUGAGUGCCACCUCUCUGCAAGGACCAAGACAGGACCUGGGUGGAACCCUGGGGCACUGAGCCUUCUGCACUUCCUCCCCUCCUCCACCUGCCUUCUAGGGGCACUGGGCUCCUGCUCAGGUGGCUGCGGCAUGGCUGGACAUGGCCCCAAUAAAUGAACCACACAGCCCCA